GUUUCUUUUUAUGUUUCCUUUCCUAGGGCCAACCCGGUUGCUUCCCAUUGUGGGACGGUAGGUGAAAUUGCCGGGAAGCCUCUGCUAACGCUGUACACCCAUGAUAAUUGUACGCUUUGCGAUGAUCUGGUGGAACAGCUCGAGAUGCAAUUCGCCGGCCGUUACACACUACAGAAGGUCGACAUUACGAGGAAAGAAAACGUAAGGUUUCUACGGCUCUACCGGUACGACAUUCCGGUGCUGUUCCUGAACGGUCAGUUUCUGUGUAUGCAUCGUCUGAACGCGGAUUUGCUUCUUCGACGAUUGGAGGAACUGGAAUCAGCUUGCAGCAGCUAGAAUAAGAUUGCAUCGUAACUUAUUUAAUAGAAUACGAAGCAAUUGCAAACAGUAUGAACGAUUUAUGUUCACGAAUGUUCAUUUAUUGCAAUGUAUUUUUCACGAUUAUUUUACAUAAUUAUCAGUUAAUAGCAAAGGAAACGAUUGUGUAGAACGUAGGUUAUAUAAAUCAUGUAACUGACAUCAACAUUACUAAAUAAAUUAUUAAUACAA